UAAUGCUUUAUUUUAUGAUACAUCUAUAUCUUGAUGUACUUUCCUGUAACUUCUCAUCUUCCAGGUUCAUAUGGGGAGGUGUAUCAUGCAGACUGGCAUGGCACUGAAGUUGCUGUGAAAAAGUUCUUGGACCAAGAUUUAUCUGGUGAUGCAUUGGCGCAAUUCAGAUGUGAAGUUAGGAUCAUGCUAAGGCUGCGGCAUCCAAAUGUUGUUCUUUUUAUGGGGGCAGUUACUCGGCCUCCCAAUUUGUCAAUACUGACAGAGUUUCUUCCCAGGGGGAGUUUAUAUAGGUUAUUGCAUCGGCCUAAUGUUCAACUUGAUGAAAAGCGACGAUUGCGAAUGGCUCUGGAUGUGGCAAAGGGAAUGAAUUACUUGCACACUAGCCAUCCUACUAUUGUACAUCGUGAUUUGAAGUCCCCUAAUCUUCUUGUAGAUAAAAACUGGGUUGUAAAGGUCUGUGAUUUUGGUUUGUCACGUUUGCAACACCACACAUUUUUGUCUUCAAAAUCUACUGCUGGAACGCCAGAAUGGAUGGCACCGGAAGUUCUCAGAAAUGAACCAUCCAAUGAGAAGUGUGAUGUUUAUAGUUUCGGUGUGAUCUUGUGGGAGUUGGCUACUUUACGUAUGCCAUGGAGUGGGAUGAAUCCAAUGCAGGUAGUCGGAGCCGUUGGGUUCCAAAAUAGACGCCUUGAUAUACCUGAAGAGGUUGAUCCAACUGUGGGGCAAAUCAUUAGUGAUUGUUGGCAGAGUGAGCCGAACCUGCGACCCUCUUUUGCUCAGCUUAUGUCCCGUCUCAAGUGUCUUCAGCACCUAGUAGUCGAAAAUUCAUAGGCAUGGAACUCAAAUUAAAGCGCAAGCUACAGGAGUAGCAUUAUUGCAUUCUAGGACAACUUUUGCCGAGGCUCAAAGAGCUGGGGCAGCAGAACUCUUGUUUGCAGAUAUCAUUUGAGACAAACACAUACUUAUAGUCACCCUUUAUUAAAGGGGGGAAAACGGGAAAAUCAUAGGACUGAAUUGGGGCUGUUGGUUCAUUCAAAGUGGGGACCAAUACCCAACCAAGCAAGGAAAUUCAGUCCAGUCAUGUGGGGAUCUUCUGUUAAAUGACUGCGCAAAGUGCAGUUGAGGAUACCACGGGGAUGUAAUUUUUUUUUUUUUUGUUAAACCUUCAAUAGAGAAUUGUUGAGGGGAAAACAAAUAUACUGUCAUUGUUUCAUGUUUUGGGGGUGGGAAAGGGGUUUCAUUCGCACAAGUGUGGAAGCAUUUGGAAAUGUAUACUUCUGUACUAUUCUGUUAAUUGUUGUGAAAAAGAAAAGGAAAAGGGAAAAAAAGAAAGAAGAAAGCAAUGGAAAAUGAACAGUGUGAGACAAUUGUGUAUGCAUGAGUACAUUUAAUUAUUCAUCCAAAAGGGAAAGAUGAAAUGUUUGCAA